GUGGUUUCGGUUGAGCAUUCUUGGCAACGUCUGGCUCCGGGAACAGACACUCGAGUGUCGGUCAAACCGGAGGCUUUUCACCAUGUAUGGGGAGUAUAUUUGAAAGACAUACUAGCCCGGGGAGGAAGAUCGCAGCCGUUUUCAUAAAGCUCUGUAUUGGAUAAUCCAAGAAGAAGAAGAUGGAUUGGUGAAGUGAUCCCUGCACACUAGCACCAACAGUGAUGUUUUUGGACGCUGGAGGCUCCAACACAGACAGCAGAGCGUUCGUGCAUCCCUCCUGACAUGGGAUGCCAGCCCCUUUCCCACCUGGCAUCCAUCUUGCCCUAAGCUCCUCUGGGGCACCAUGAACAGCUACAGAGACAGAGGGGUCACCUGCACCUCCUCAGACCUUCUGGAUGGAGGAGGUGACGGUGCACUGCCUCCGCACGCCCUGUUUCGUCACACCCCCAAUGGCCACCCGGUCCCCACAGACACAGCCAUGCAACCACGGGUCUCUGUGCCUAAAAUGGGUGUCCGUGCUCGGAUCGCCGAGUGGCCCCCACGCCGGGCCCAGUCCAAGGAGUCGCUGCUUGAAAACGGACAAAUGAGCAACAAUCACAAUGGCAACCCCUGCUCCACGUUCAUCUCGUCAUCCGACGUCGGGUUGGUACGGGGUGGAGUGGCCAGGUUGCCACGGCGAUGGUCCAAAGAUGUGGAGUUUCGAGGCGGAGCAUUUGCAACUGAGAGAGGUUCACCUUUGAGUUUACGUGUCUUCCCACCUCUGAGGCAGCGCUCAAAUAGCGAGGUGACCCUGAGUGAACAGGAUGAGAAUGAGGUUGAGGUCCGCAGCGGAGGAGCGAUUGGGACCUUGUUCAGGGAGUAUGGCAGCACCUCCUCCAUUGACAUCCAGGGUAUCCCCGAGCAGAGCUUUUUUGACAUGCUUACCCAGUUCCACCAGGAGAGGCCUGACCACCACAGCUCAGCUCCCACCCGCCUCAGAGAGCUGCUACGUGCGGCAGACUCCACACCAAGCGUCACCCGCUCCGGUGCUGCUUCGCCUGGUUCCACACUGGCUGGGGACGAGCGAAAAAAGGACGGCGGCGAGAGAGUCAGGAAGAAAAGUGGCGGGACAGAAUCUUCACUGGGGACAUCCUCGUUAUUCCGGAAACUUCGCAGCGCCAGUCGGGUGGAGCAGGAUGGGGGGAAAGGAGAAACGAGUGAAGAUGGAGGACGAAGUUCAUCAGAUGCACCCUACAAGGCGUGGGUGUGCCCCAAGAGCUUUGUCCACUACGAUGCACAGAGUAUCCUGUUUGACCUCCAUGAGGCUGCAGCCCAGCGAGGCUACAUGGCCCAGAGAAGGAACACAGCCACGGGGGCAUCAGCUGCCUCAGUGUCCCUGUCUGUGUCCAGAUCCUUGCCUGUGAGUGGUAAUGAACCUGUAUACGCCAGCAUUGAGGAUUUAACAGUGGGUCUAGACCCUAGCUCAAUUAUGCCCUCUCUGGUCAUGGACCCUACGGAUGUUCCUUCCGGAGCUCACAGUUCGGGCCCACUGCUCCUCAGCUGCCCCCACUUCCUCAAUGAAACGGGGGGCCACGGGGAGCGCAACAUCAGUUUCCUUAGCUCAUCAGCAGAGCGAGGAGAGGGAGGAGGUGAUGGAGCAAGGGGGUGGCUGAGGAGAAGUAACGCCAGUGUAUCUGUGCUGGAGAUACCUAUUGAACAGCAGGUCACAAGGCUGGACAGACUUAAAGAGUACAGCAUAGAGCAUGUUGACCUGGGGGCCAGGUACUACAGAGACUACUUCCAUGGGAAAGAACACUCAAACUACUUUGGGACAGAUGAAAAGCUGGGUCCUGUGGCUGUGAGUAUCCGUAGGGAGAAAUUAGACGACACCAAAGACCUGAAAGACCAGUAUCAGUACCGCCUGAUCGUGAGAACAAGCGAGCUGGUGACCCUGCGAGGUUCCAUCUUGGAGGAUGGGGUGGCGUCGACUGGGAGGCAUGGCACAGUGCGUGGCCUGCCCCUCAAGGAGGUCCUGGACCAGGUGGUCCCCGAACUCAAUGUGUCCUGUUUGAGACUUGCACUUGGCAUGCCCAAGGUCACAGAGCAGCUGCUUAAACUGGACGAGCAGGGGUUAAGUCAGAAGCACAAGGUGGGUGUUCUGCUGUGCCGCGCAGGCCAAAGCACUGAAGAGGAGAUGUACAACAAUGAGGAGGCGUCGCCCGCCUUCUCUGCGUUUCUGGAGCUGUUGGGCGAGCAGGUUCUCCUCAAGGGGUUCACCAAAUAUGCCGCACAGCUUGACACAAAGACUGACUCGACAGGCACCCACUCCCUGUACACCACCUACCAAGGCUACGAAGUCAUGUUCCACAUAUCCACUAUGCUGCCAUACAUGCCCAACAACCCCCAGCAGCUUCUAAGGAAGAGGCACAUCGGGAACGACAUUGUCACCAUCAUCUUUCAGGAGCCUGGAGCGCUGCCUUUCACUCCUCAGAAUAUCCGCUCGCACUUUCAGCACGUUUUUGUGAUAGUCCGUGUGCACAACCCCUGCUCUGAAAACACCUGCUACAGUGUUGCAGUUACAAGAAUGAAGGAUGUGCCCCCAUUUGGCCCACCCAUACCCAGCAGUGUCACCUUCCGUGACCCGGAUACUUUUCGAAACUUCCUUCUGGCCAAAAUCAUCAACGCAGAAAAUGCAGCACACAAGUCUGAGAAAUUCCAUACCAUGGCGACACGAACGAGGCAGGAGUACCUGCGUGACCUGGCCGAGAACUACAUCAGCAGCACCCCCAUGGACUCUGCCGGCAAGCUCAAUAACCUCAUCUCCCUGGCAUCGAAAAAACGCGAGCGGUCGAAAGCACGAGAGGGGGCCGAGCUAGGCGCAGAUGGGGCCGUCGCCUGGCGGGUCCUGGCCCAGGACUUCAGCGGAGGUGGGGCAGAGCUCCCCUGUGCUUUUGGUUUCUCAGCGGAAUAUGUACUCCUGGUUGACUGCUCCACCAAAGAGGUGGUGUUCAACUGCUUCUGUGCUGACGUGAUCGGCUGGACUGCCGAACGCCUGGCCUUGAAGAUCUUCUAUGGAAGAGGAGACCACAUUUCUGCGCGGGUGCCCGAGGGCUGUGCCCAGGACAUCAGGGAAAUGUUGCAGAGGUUAAAGUCUCUAACAGUGGGAUGUGAGACAGUGGACAUGACGCUGAGGAGAAACGGACUGGGUCAACUGGGCUUCCACGUGCGCUUGGAUGGCACCGUAGCCGAGGUGGAGGAAUACGGCUUUGCCUGGCAGGCGGGGCUGAGGCAGGGCAGUCGCCUGGUGGAGAUCUGCAAGGUCGCUGCAGUGACGCUGACCCACGAGCAGAUGAUUGACCUGCUGAGGACGUCUGUCACGGUCAAAGUGGUCAUCAUUCCCCCGUAUGAAGAGGGAGGGCCACGGAGGGGCUGCACAGAGGAGUAUGAGAUGAAGACCAUGGAGCAGAAGCCAGAAGCUGAGCCUUUGGCCGCGGGCUACCGGCCCUCGCCUCGCUCAGGGUGGCGCUGGGACAGCCCGCCCGUGCCUCCAGGACUGCACAACACCCCCAACCCACAGAGGUGGGCCCCCAUGUGUCCUCCACCACCACCUCCGCCACCGCUACGUUCCCACAAGACUUUGAUGCCAGUGCCCUACAGGGAGCCUCAGCAGCACUUCAGCUCCAAGAGGCCGGUCAGCUACCCAGAGAACCACUACAAUGUGUCUCCCGCUGGAGGUGACCGUGUGCUGCCAUACAGAAACCCCUCGGCCAGCUUCUCGUCACCUUCCUCUGGCCUGGUGGGCCUCUCCACCAUGGGGCCCCCAGGAGUCACACCGGGGCCCUUUGUGCGCUACAAACCUUCACCUGACAGAUAUGGACCAGGACAGCGCCCCCUGCUACCAUAUGAGCCCCACCUCAGUGUGGACAUCAUGUCCAGCGGAGAGUCAUCCUCAGGGUUCACCAGUCAAGAAAGCACCAUGGAGCGCUGCAAAACUGAACCACUUUGGCAUGUUCCGGCGUUAUCUUCUCGGGUGCCAGCUGGUGGAGGAAGCCAGAGGAGACUCAGACAGGAUGUCCAAGGAAAAGACACUGCAAACAGACACUCCAAGGGUGAGACUCAAUACUCCAGCCACUCCAGCAGCAACACCUUGUCCAGCAACGCCUCCAGCAGCCACAGCGAUGAGCGCUGGUUUGACGGUGGUUCCGGGGGAGACAGAGGAAACGCGGGUGUCCUGGGCGAUCCCCCUGAGGCUGACCCCGAUCUUCUCAACAAGGGCGGAUCCAAUGACAGCGGCAUUGAUGCGCCUACACACUAUAACAAUCACAACAGUCGCAGCCAACCCCACAAGGCCUUGCACGGCCCCGUGGAGCUCUCUGUGGGAAGGAGCAGCAGUGGUGGUGAAGCUAAGAGACGGGAGUCAUCACCUGUCGUACCAGGUGUAGCCAGUCACAACAAAGGGUAUCUGACUCGCACGUUCCCACCUCCUGGCUCCAGCACUGAGAGAAUAGAAGCUUUCAAACCGAGAGCCUACACACCUCAGGGUUAUAAGACUCCCACAGCGGAGAAAGCCAGGCCUGUCCGCGCCUCCAUGACGACACCCACUUCAGCCCAAUUAAGCUCCACCCCUCUGUCUAGCUCUGCCCCCAAGGCCUUCCAUGGAAAGAGCAGACAAACCGCCUGGCAGCCUGAAGACAUCAGUCCAUCAUCUUCCAAUGCAAACACCAUGUCCAGCUCCGACAGCGGCAACAGCAAGACUCAGGUGGACAUGAAUUCAAAGAACGUGUUUGGACAACCUCGACUGCGAGCAUCGCUGAGAGACUUGCGCUCUCCGCGUCGAAACUACAAGAGCACCAUUGAGGACGACCUGAAGAAACUGAUCAUCAUGGACAACCCCGGAGAAGCUCCACAACGGGAUCCUUCUCCCAGACGCACGUUGCAGCGGACCUUUUCAGAUGAGUCCCUCUGCAGCGGACGCAGGGACGCCAGCUUUGCCAACUCUGAACACCAGUCGGCCCCCAUCGACAUGCUCUUCACGUGCACUCUACCCACACGCAAACACAGCGCCUCCUCCAACCACACGGAGGCCAAGAAGGUGCCACUGUCUGCAUCCGAGCUGUCCCUCACAGAGGCGAGAGACAAAGUCCCCCCACUGAGGAGGCUUGAUCCCGGGCUCAUGCCCCUCCCUGACACUGCCUGUGGACUGGAGUGGUCCAGCCUGGUCAACGUUGCCAAAGUCUACGAAGCACAGAGAGCCGUGUCGCUUUUCUCAUUGACCGAGACACAAGGAAGCGGUGUGGACAUGAGGCCAGUCGUCAGCCCCGUGCAGUUUCCCACUCCGAAGACACCAAGAACCACACCCACCUUCAGCACUGACGAGGUGUCCGGUGAUUUGUCGGGACGUCUCUACCAUCUUGAGGUGAUGUUGAAACAGCUCAGCACUGACCUGGACCGGGAGAAGCAGGACAAGGUGGUGCUCUUGGCCGAGAUGGCAAACCUGCGAGAGAACAACCAGCGGCUGCAGGAGGAAAGUGUGACGGCCAGCGAGCAGCUCCGCAAGUUCAAUCGACUUUUCAGCAAGCUCAACAAGGGUGAGGGUGAGCCUGACGCGCACUCGCGGGCGCACCAAGCUCAGCCCAAGAGGGAGUGAGCGUACGUGAACCCACGCUGACUCAACUCUGCUUCCACUGGACUGCCUUAAACUGGAAACAUUUCACUCCAGCCUCGCCCUGAGCCUCUUUAUUUUUAUAAAGUCUUCUAUAAAGAGAUAUAUUGUUACUAUGCUAGAGGAUGAUGAGGAUCACCUGGAGAGGCCUAACACUGUUCCUGCAAGCCAAUCAGCCAAAAAAAACUGCAUCUCCCCAAAUGCACUAGUAAGUAACAGAAGCGCUACAGUCUUUUUAUUACUGUACGACAACGCCUGUGAGCUACAUUCUCAAAUAUCAUAUAUCUUGUUCUGAUACUCUUGUACUAAAAGUGUGUGUGCGCGUGUGUGUGUGUGCGUUUAUAAUACUGCGUGAGAAGGAGGCCGAACGACCAACUGGGUGAUGAACAAAGUAGUGUACAAUAGAAUGAAACUUCACACAUGUUCCUGUUUACAUGGAUGAGCUUUGGCCCAAAGAUGCAUUCAGUGACCUACUACUACUGGAGAAAGGAAUUCUUCACAUAAUUUUGGUAGUAGUCAGUGAAGUCAGCGCAAGUACUCUUACACAAAGUGGUAAAAAGUACUCUGAAAACACCAUCUCCUUUAAAGCUAACACAUGUACAUUUUAUUUUCUAUUUUAUCCUACUCUUGGCGCUCUAAAAUAGCUACAUUCACCAUAUUAGCUGUUUCCGUCAUGAAAUAAAUGUCUUAUUAUACUUAAAUCACACCUCAUUGAUCUCGCAUAUCCCACAAGGAUACUGUAAGUAGGUGGAUUUUUUUAUUAUUAUUUUGAACGCACUCUAUGCUAGCUUUAGUCUUGCCUAAAAAGGCCAACAGGAGAGUCUAUUGUGCAGUAGAAGUUUCCACUCGUUGCGAUUCAGUAAAUAACAGAGUAAUUCGGUGCAAUACUAUUCCAAUGCCAGUGGGUGGCAAUGACGCCAUAUUGGCCUUUAUUGAAUUGAAGACAAUAGAAUUAGAUAUGUGCGCGCGGGUUGGCGGCAGGUAAACAAGACAACAAACAUUGCUAGAUAAAUGUUUAAAAAUGAUAAAUAUACACUGAGUAACUGAUUCUGGAUAUCAGCCUUUUGAGUGAAUAUAAAACAAACUCAGAGAUGACUGUGGCAUAUGGUGUCUUAGGCUACACAAUCUGUCAUUAGCAUAGCAUUAUUGCUAGGUGUGUGUAUGUGUGUUAAAAACACACACACAUUGCUCACUAUCCAGAAAGUGCAUAUAUUUUAACCAGAAUUUCAAGCUAUUUCUAUAUCUUUGUAAACUAAUUUACUGUACAUGUUGUAGAGAUGAUUGCCCCUUUGCUCUGUGGAAAAAAACAACCUCAAGGCUAUUUAUGUACUGUGCUGGCAUUAUGAUGUAUUUUUCAUACAAAGACUGUGUGAAUGUUUUGUGUUUUUUAUGCUGGUACUGAAUGGAAGGUACUUGUCAGCAAUGUGAUCAGAACUUAGAUAAUUCCGAUAAAACUGUACCCUGGUGCAUCUUCUCUGCUGGGAUGACUGGAGUUUGUUGUUGUUUUUUUUUUAAGACUUUUAACUUGACUCAGGUUCCUCAUGAUGCUGGACCUAACAUCAGAGGUGAAGCGGUAUGAGGUACUGUUUAAACGUAACAGCUAACUGUUAUACCAUAGUGGCUAACCCUUUAAUAGUUCAACGAUUAGAACUUUGAGGACUCUUCCCAAAUGCUUUUACCGUUUGUGAUGCUAAAAGAAGCAUUUUAAAUGUGACUGAGCAGGACAGUAUUUCAUUACCCAAAGUGACACUCCUGUUGUUCCUCCUCAUAGAUGUUGCUGGCAUUUGUUUCAUUAACGUCUGCAAGUGUUUUUUUUUUGUUUUUGUUUUAUGUAAAAAGCUUUUUACCUUAUGUAUAAUGAAGCUAUUUAUAGCAAACACCAUGAUCUAUGUUUGAACAAAUCAGUAACUGUAACAUUCCUUGUCUAUGUAGAUGUUCAAAUGUUUUGAUAAUUUAUUUCUGUUGUCACUGUUGCAGAAAAUAGUGAGGAUGUGGAGGGUACUGUUUUUGUCUACAUUUUUCCUCUUGCUCUGGGCUGUAAUAAGUGUACAUUUAAGUGUAAAUUGUUUUCAUUUUAUAAAAUAAAAACUCAUUUUUUGCAGGUUGAA